GACUGUAUACUCGCACGCAAAACUAAUCUGCAAUGUCUGGCCGCGGUAAGCAAGCCGGAAAAGCUGGGGCUAAGGCUAAGUCUCGCUCUUCGCAGGCAGUCCUGCAGUUCCCAGUUGGCCGUGUGCACCGUCUCCUUCGUAAAGGCAGCUACGCCAAGAGAGUUGGCGCAGGAACUCCGGUCUAUAUGGCUGUUGUGCUCGAAUAUCUGACCGCUGAGAUACUGGAACUGGCUGGCAAUGCGGCCAGAGACAACAAGAAAACUCCCAUCAUUCCCCGUCACCUGCAGUUGGCUAUUCGCAACGACGAGGAACUGAAUAAACUGCUGGGCAAAGUAACGAUCGCUCACGGUGGAGUGUUGCCUAACAUCCAGGCUGUGUUGCUGCCCAAGAAAACCGAGAGUCACAAGCCAAAAAAUAAGUAAGGCUCCUGGUUUCUCAACCCAUCGGGAAGCCCAAAGGCUCUUUUAGGAGCCGUCCACGCCGUCAAAAGGAGGAGCUGUAAUUCUGGUUUGUUACAACAGCAGCUGAUAAUAGGCAUGCGCAAAAGAGUUUGGGUUCUCUUGCUUUAAGAGUACGUUUGGCAAACCUACAGUAUAAUCCAUUGUCGCUAAAUAACAUUAAAUGCCCCUAUAGCCGCUGUUUUGUAAAAACAAUCGGGGUACACGUAACCUGCCAGCUGGGGAUCAAUGAUCAGGUUUUAUUGUAGGGAAAUGCAGGCGGGGAGGAAACUGAACAAACCUUUCGCAGUGGACCAUUUUAUCCACACACACCGGGUGCUUUCCUCGACCGCACCCCUGGAAGCGAAAGCAGGUACUGGGACGACUUUGACUACGAAAGUGGCUGCAGCAAAGGCACUAAUAGUUACCCCCCUUUCCAAUUCUCUUGCAGCCAAUUCCCAACUUCCGUUUCUCCAACAAAAACACAGAGGGGGUCGAUCGCGUCCGGUCAGGAGGGUCAAACAGUUUCGAAAUUGUAGUGAAAGUCUAUCCGCUCCUUUGUGUCUGUGGUAGGCAGCAACCUAAGACCAGCCUUGUUAAAUUGUCCCCUCAAACCAAAGCAAAAAUUCCAAUAAAUGUAAUGGAAAUGCUUUGUGGUUUGUUUUUUUUAAGUUUAUAUCCCGCUCUUCCUCUGAAGGAGCCCAACUCACUUGCACUCAGAUAUGUGACCCUUCCACAGCAUACCAUUUUUUAUUCUUGUUAAACCGAAAGCUGAACUGUGUCUCUACCCUUUCUCGUUUCUACGCUGGGGGAUACGGAACCGUAAAACUAGCGUUUAAGAGCGUAUACAAUGUAGGAUCACACCAGAUUUGAAUUAUAAAGGAUGAACAAGCGAUUAAACUCUUUUGAGUGAGAAAGUGAGCGGCCCUUAAAAGGGCCUUUUUGAUUGUUAUUACGGGCAGUAUUUUAGCCUCCAAAGCCAUACAGAGUACGACCUUGGCGCUUCAGAGCAUACACCACAUCCAUGGCCGUCACGGUUUUCCUCUUCGCGUGUUCUGUGUAAGUCACAGCGUCGCGAAUCACGUUCUCCAGGAAAACCUUCAGGACUCCCCGUGUUUCUUCAUAAAUCAGCCCAGA